GAGGCGUACUUGGUGUACAUAUUGAAUGAAAUGGCUGGUCAGACAGCAAUUGUAUUUUGUGCGACUUGUGCAUCUGCAAUGAAAAUAGCUGUUAUGCUAAGGCAACUUGGCUUUGGUGCUGUACCGCUGCAUGGUCAAAUGAGUCAGGUGAUAUAA